AUGGCAGCCAUCCUCAUCACCGGCGGGACGGGCUACUUUGGCCAGUUUUGUGUCGAGUUUUUCGCUGCGUCGGGAUGCCAGGUCGGCUACACGCACUGGUCUAGCGGCCCCCAGCGGCACUGUGGCAAGGUCCUACCCUUCAAGGUCAACCUGGCCAAGGGGGAGGGCCUGGAGGCGUGCCUGCAGGGGCUGACACGCGGCGGCGCGCUGCGCCUGGUGGCCGUCAUCAACGCCGCCGCCAUAUCGCAGCCCGCGGCGUGUGAGCGCGACGAGGCGGCGGCGGCCGCCGUCAACGUGCCCACCCACCUGCUGGCGGCGCUGGCGUGGCACAGGCAGCAGCAUGGCGCGGAGCCGCUGCUCAUACACAUGUCGACAGACCAGGUGUACGACGGCAGCAAGGCGCGGUGGCGGGAGGGCGACCCGCCGCGCCCCGUCAACGCCUACGGCCGCACCAAGCUGGCGGCGGAGCGCGCGGUGGCGGCGGGCUGGCCCAACCACGCCAUCCUGCGCAGCUCCAUCAUCUUUGGGCCCGAGCCGCCGGUGCCGGUGGGGCGCCCACUGUUCCUGCAGUUCAUCGACGGAGCGCUGGCGGCGGGGAAGCCCACCACCUUCUUCAACGACGAGUGGCGCUCGCCCAUCCGCGUGCGAGACAUCCUGCGUGUCUGCCAGACCCUCAUCAACCGCCAGGACGAGCUGCAGCACAGGCUCUUCAACAUGGGAGGCCCCGACCGCCUGAGCCGAGCAGACAUGGCGGCAGCGGUGGCGGCAGCCUGCGGCUACGACCCAGCGCUCAUCCUGGCAGCCCCGGCAGCCUCGGUGCCGCGCCCCGCACCCAGCCCUGCCGACAUUUCAAUGGACAGCAGCCGGCUGGAGGCGGCGAUGACGCCUUUUGAGGCGGCCAUCCGGCACAUCCUGGGGGAGCACCAGCACCCAGACGACCGCCACCACUUCCCCGGCCAGCACGAGCACCCACACCCGCCCGCCAGCCGCCACCGCUGA